CUCCACAACCCGUAUCCGACACACAUGUCCAACGGCCACGCGCCAAACAACCAUCCCCCACACCAGCCCCCUCCGCCCCCUCCCCCCGCACACCGCGCCCAGGCGCCCACCGCGAAGGAGCGCAUCACCGUCAAGGCCGUCCCCUCUGUCACCGUGCAGAACAACCAACUCGUCGUUGGCGACUCCGGAAGCAGUUCCACGCGAUCGUAUACACCGCUCAAGUUGGUCGGAGAUGGAUCUUUUGGCACGGUCUGGCUCUGCGAUUGGCAUGGGACGCUACCGCCCAAUACACCCUUGUCAGCCAUGCAAUGCGGUCCUGGGGCGAGGCCCGAAUAUGCGGGCAAGAGACUGGUCGCCGUCAAGAGGAUGAAGAAGCAGUGGGAGGGCGGCUGGGACGAGUGCAAGAAGCUCAAGGAGCUCGAGUCGCUACGUGCGAUAUCCUAUCACCCCAACAUCAUUCCGCUCUACGACUUCUUCCUCCUCCCUGACACCAAGGAGCUCUACUUCGUCUUCGAGUCUAUGGAAGGCAACCUGUACCAGCUUAUCAAGACUCGCAAAGGUAAACCGCUCGCGGGCGGUCUGGUUUCCUCCAUCUUUCGCCAGGUCGUAGAGGGCCUCCACCACAUUCACGAGUCGGGCUACUUUCAUCGCGACAUGAAGCCGGAGAACCUCCUCGUUACUACCACGGGGCUGUACGACUAUCGCCCAGUGUCACCCCAUGCUCCUCCAAAUGCCCCUCCCGAGAGCGACGUUGUGGUCAUCGUCAAACUUGCAGACUUUGGUUUGGCGAGGGAGACCAAGAGCAAGCCCCCUUAUACGGAGUAUGUCUCGACGCGGUGGUACCGCGCGCCAGAAGUUCUGCUCAAAAGCAGGGACUACUCCAAUCCCGUGGACAUGUGGGCACUUGGAACCAUUAUGGCGGAGCUAGUCAACUUGCGGCCGCUCUUCCCCGGUCAGGGAGAGGUAGACCAGGUGGCGAGAAUCUGCGAACUUCUGGGCGAUCCUUGCAGGGAUUAUGGCCAUGACGCGAGAGGGAAGCCCAUUGGCGGUGGAAAGUGGCCGCGGGGAGUUAAGAUGGCACGCCAAUUCGGGCUCUCGUUUCCGGAGAUUCCGCCCAGAGACAUCUACACCCUCUUCGAUCGCUCAGUCCCGAUCAAGCUGGUCGAGUGCAUCGCUGAUCUGCUGAAGUAUGACCCUGACUUGCGCUUGACGAGCAAGCAAUGCCUCGAGCACCCGUACCUCCUCGAGACGACGCCGCUGAACAACCCGCCUGGCCCUCCGGGGUAUUCACAACCAGUUGUUUCCAACGGCCGUGCCGCUCGCUCCUCGCAACCCAACGGCGUGUCUCCCGCGCGGUCGCCACCCUCGGUUGCGCCUCGCAACAUCCCCCCAUCUCACUCUCACAACUCGUUUCCAGAGCAGCCAGAGUUCGAGCCCCAGCCGCCAGCGGCGACCGUGCAGAUACCAGAAGCCUCCGCGUCUCACCGUACGCCUUUUUACGAUACCCCUUCGUCACGCACGCAGGUCUCCGACGGAGGCAGCACGUCUCCAUACCCUUCAGAUGUCGCUCAGGUUCAAUUACCCAACGGCUCGUAUCCGCUUCGCUCUCGUACACCCUCGGAGCAGUCGCAUGGAUGGCCUUCUUACGCCUCGGACUCCCAGGGACCUUGGGAUCCUAUGGAGAUCUCGCCUCAUGUCGAGAUCCCUCCGGACGGGUUUCCUCAAUCGAUGGACGUCCAGACAUCUCCCAUGCUCAGGGAGUACCCCGCGAGGCCGCAGGUCGAGGAUUCCAUCCAGGAAAUCGUCAGCGGGAACAUUCACGACAUCACCGCACACCAGGCAUCGAAGGGCAGGGGCACGGGUCUCUUCAAGAAGCCGAGCAAAUGGGGCAUCUCCAGCAUGUUUGGCGGACAUGGAGACAAGGGUGCACAAGCGCCUCUUCCGCCGUUGCCAGAACACCACGUCAGUUCUGCGGGGUCGACACCGUCACUCAAGCGCACGCAGUCCUCCAGCACGGACAGUCGCUCGCUGUCCGAGCUCUCUCCCAUCCAGGAAGCUCCUCCGCGGAUCGUGGACCCGAAGCAGCGGAAAAAGGAGGCCGAACGAAUACGGCGGGAAUCGGAGAAACAGCGACGUCUGCUCGCGGAGAAGAUGCAGAAGGAGCAGGCGCGGGCGGUGUUGGAGAAGAGCAAGAGGUUCCGCGAUCCGUCAGCAUCGUUGGAUUUCGAGUGGCGCAGCAGUUUCGCGAUGAUACAUGGCGCGUCGAACAACGGCCAGCGGCCGAAUGGCAAGCAGCCCGCGGCGGGCGGACCCAUCCGCCAGACGCAGAGCCACGGCGUGUCCUCUAUCGACGCCGCGGGAGGGAGCUUCGUGAGCAGCGUCGCCGAGUCGCAUCCGCGAAGCGAGUGGCCAGGGCGGGACGAGCGAUUACCCAAGGCUCGUCGGCGGGACUUCGACGACGAUCACUCGAUGUCGUCGACGGACAUGCCGAGCGGCGUGUCCGUGAUCUCGUUUGCGACGGUCGACAGCGAUCCCGGCCCACCACGGUUACGACAUCGACCGAGCGCGCUGGGGAUCAGCAGGAUGACGUCCAUGUCGUCGUUGGGCACGCUGUCCGACGAGUUCUCGCCGCACGGCCGUUCGUCGUCGUCGCUGGCGAUGGAGCAGCAGUUCGCGAACGAGUUCCAUCUGCGCGCGUCGGUGGACUCGUCGUCUAUCUCGGACGGGGGGUCGUCGCCCGCUGCGCCACCCAUGCACAUGCUCUCGCUGUCGUCGCCGAUACCGUGGUCGCGGGAGCACGGGAGCAACUCGACGGUGGACAACGCUGAGGGGCGGCCGGCAGCGGCGGGGGAGAGGCCGACGCUGACGAUCCCCCCGCAACCGACGCAUCCGGUGGGGUUCCAGCCCCAGGGCCCGCUGAGUCCGUACGAUCCGAGAGGGAAUGGGAGCUAUCCGUCCAGUCCUGGCAUCGCGCCCAAGUCUGCGAUUAAUCCCAUAUUCAAAGUGCCGCCGUUAUCCUCGCUUCAAGCGCGACCAGGCUCGUUGCCACCCUUUUCGCAGCUCGAGGCGGUCGCGGAGGGCGAAUAUCCCCCACUAUCGCCCAUGUCGUUCACCUCGCCGGAGGACAUCGGGAACGACUUCGGAUAACCCUUGUAGUGCGCUUGGCCUCCUCUGCUUCGCUCUCUCCCUCACGGGUCCGCUGUUGUACAUUCUUCUGGGUCGGCUGUCGCAUAUCACACUCAUUCUUGCUUUCUAUUUAACGGCUCACGUCCUGCUCGCAUCUUUCCUCUCUGGCUCUGCUGCACGCGCUCCUGCACCGCUUCGCGCACUCCCCUGCAUCUCGUCCGUCCCCAUUCGCACCAUUGUCGUCCUCGCCCUCCUCCGUCAAUCACCGCAUUCUCCCCGUCCCUCAUUGCAUGCGCACAUUCUUCGCCUCCUUUUUGCAUCUUCGACUUCCCUCUUCAGAACUUAACUGUUGCAUUCGCUCGUCGUUCAUUAGGACCCCACAGUUCACACGGUUUGCGCACUCCAUCAUCUCCUUUGGGGACGCUGCAUCCGCACGCGCAUCUUCAUUCGGACCGUCGUGUGCGACGGAAGACGGCGCUGGCGCGUCCCCCCCACACACACUCGCUUACUUGCUAUCUCAUUUCCCUCCUCCACCUCCGCCUGCCCCCCAGCUCAUAUCCCC